UCGUCCAUUCAACGUCGUUGUUUAGUCGCUGUAGUUCUCAGUCGUCUGUUGUUCGAUGGUUCGCGUUCGCUGUUAGUCUUAGGUGACUGUUAAAAUACCGCAUUGCCGCCAUAGUAAUCAUUCCAGUGGUUAGUCCACGGUUUUCACUUUUUUUUUGUUCCCACCAUUUGGUCGAAUUAUCUUGACGCCGUACGUUGAUUUCUGGUGAUUUCAUUCACAAGUCUUCGAUAUGAAUCCGAGAAAAGAAAAUGAAAAACGCGUAGAUUCUAGUUCCGAUGCCGAAGAACAAGAAGAGGAAUAUUCUGUAGAAAGGAUUUUAGACAAGCGUACAAGAAAUGGCAAGGUUGAAUACUUUCUCAAGUGGAAUGGUUACAAUGAUUCAGAUAAUACUUGGGAACCUGAAGAGAAUCUGGAUUGUGAGGAGUUGAUUAAGGAUUUUGAAGAAAAAUUAAAACAAAAAGAUAAUAAGGAUAAAAAAAAAAAGGAUCAACCUGAGCGUGGUCGUAAACGCACACUAUCUAAUUCAACAGUUACGAGUUGUGCAUCGUCAGAUGCUGGUCCUUCUAAAGAACGUAGAAAGUCUUCUCCUUUACCAAAAAAGAAGGCUGCUGAUAAAGCUGAUAAGUCAGAUAAAUCUGACAAAUCAGACAAGUCUGAUGAAACCGAAGAAAAUGAUAUUGAAAAGAUUGAUGAUGGAGAUACCAGUCUGUCAGAGGAAAAAGAAAACGAUAUUACUGAUCCUGCCGCUCCACCUGAAAAAGUAGCAGAAAAAAUUAUUGGUGCUACUGAUUCUAGUGGCCAGUUGAUGUUUUUACUAAAGUGGAAAGGAAUUGAAGAAGCUGAUUUAAUCGCAGCUAAAGAGGCCAAUUUAAUGUGCCCACAAAUCGUUAUUAAGUUCUACGAAGAAAGACUUACAUGGCAUGCUCCUGAAAAUAAAAAUGGCAUUUAACUAUUAUCAUUUGGAAAAGGAUGACAAAUGUUCAAAAAGGGACUUUUAUUUUAUAUCGUAUCUUAUUGUAAAUGUCUUCAAUUAUUUUAUUUUAUUAUUAUAUGUGGCAGGUAUGCCUUACAGAUAAAAUUAUUAGUUCUUCAAUUAUUAAAUAUUUAAAUGUUAGUAAUUAAAUACUUUCAUAAAAUGGUAAUUUUUUUUUUAUUUCAGUGAUACAGUAUAGUGUUCUCUUAAAAUUUGUUUUUAUAUAUCAGUUUAUAUUUUUAAAAAACUUAUUGGUUUUGAAAAAUUAUAUCUUAAAUGCAAAAAUAUGUUAAUUUAAGUUAAUUUAGUUAGUAUUUAUUUGUUCAAAUGUUGGGUUUAAACAUUCAAUACUUGUUUGAUUUUAAUAAUUAAAAACAUUUUUUCACCAUA